AGUCUUCCCGGAGCAGCCGUACAUGACGGUUUACUCCCCGUUGUUCUUCCACUCAUUUAUUUAAUAAUUUUAAUGUAUAAGCUUCUACUGUAACGUAUAAAGAACUUAUUGAAAAAGUUUUAAAAAAAUCUAUGCUUAACGAUAAUCAAUUAGUUGGUAUAUAAAAAAACGUGUUUUCUAUCAACUAUACACCUGUUAGAACUACUGUCAAAUGAACGCACUUUUUCACUUACUUUUUUUCAACUACUUUUUCGUCAGUUUCGAAGAAAUAAAAAACACCAAGUAGAUAAUCAUCAAGUGCAUGUGACUGAAUUAGAAUUUAAAUAAGUUGUUUUCGAAUAGAGUGAGUUAAUCCAUAAGAAGGUAACACAAUAAUAAUUAAAUACGUACCUUAAUCGUUGUGAUAUUAUAUUUUAUUCAAUAGAAAAUAAUUUUUUACCCUACAGAAGAGUCCCUUAGUAACGAUAGACAUAUCAAACAAUUAGAGCUUGUUAGUUAAUUAGAUAUAAAUAGAUGAGAUUUUUAAGGAAUUCGUUCAAACUGUUUUAUAAAAUUGACAAGAUAAUAAGUAGAAAUAGACUUAGAUGAAUGUGUUUCCGAGACAUAUCUACGUUUUUAAGAACUAAGAGAACUGUUAAAUGAUAAGUGUUACAAUUUCUGAGACGUUCUAAAACGCGCGUAAAAUAUAGUGAUUAAAAAGCUGUAAACGAAGAACAUCAUGAGCUUGAACAGGUCAUGUUUGUCCAAUAGAGGGAUGAACGGCAAGAUUUCGUCGCUGAUAGAACAACAUGGAAGUGCUGGAAAUUUGCGACCGUCAGCUGUGGCAAGAGUGGGUCAGGCUGUCAACUUGGCUGUUGAACGAUUCGUGACAGUGGGAGAAACAAUUGCAGAUGACUAUCCGGAAGUUAGGCAAGGAAUGUACGAAGCGUGCAAGGAAGCGAGGCAGGCCGGAGCUGCAAUUGAGCAUAUUUGUGAAGUACACGACGAAGAAGUCUCCCCUGAUAGGACCAUUUUAGUUAGAGCUGCAAGAUGCCUUCUGGGUGCCAUAACUAGAGUUUUACUUUUAGCCGACAUCGUAGUUGUUAAGCAGCUUUUAUUUGCUAAAGAUAAGGUCUCGCAUAGUUUGGAUCGAUUAGAGUCAGUUAACAACUUUACGGAGUUUGUAAAAGCCUUUAGUCAGUUUGGAGCAGAAAUGGUAGAAUUAGCUCAUUUAACUGGUGAUAGACAGAAUGAUCUAAAGGACGAACGGCGACGGGCACAAAUGGCGGCGGCUAGACAAGUUUUAGAAAGAUCAACAAUGAUGUUACUAACUUCAAGUAAAGCAAGUCUAAGGCAUCCAGAGUGCACAUCCGCCAGGGAAAAUCGUGAUACCGUAUUCUGCCAAAUGCGAAGAGCUAUGGACCUUAUUCAUUAUGUAGUAAAAGACGGUGUCUUAAAUAGUGCCGAUUCAAGUGUUCAAUCAAUCCAUAGAGAAGGACUAUGUGAAAGUGACAGAGGAACAGCAUAUGCCUGUAUACAGCAUUUGCAGUAUCUACUUGAACAUAGUAAAAUCUCUAUGGACCCUUCCUGUCAAGAGACACUUCCGACUGCAUUAGAGGCUGUCUUAGAAAGAACUCAGGAUUUCACUGACAGUGCCUAUACUAGCCAUGAACAUAGAGAAGCCAUUUUAGAAUGUAGUGAAAGACUUAAAACCGAACUAGAUCAUCUUCUAAGUCUCUAUAUAAAUGUAGGUGGUUUCGAGGAUAUAUCAAACUGUCCUGAACUAGAUAAUUCGAUACAAGUUUGUAUUAACUCAUCAAGAGAUUUAUCUAGGCAUUUAGCUAACGCCGCUAUAUAUCAGGCUCAAGAUUUAAACAGUGUAACCAAACAUGGACUGGAAUUAGUGGCAAGUAUCAGACAGCAAGCAACAAUGUCGGAAAUUGAUAGACUGCAUCAUACCUCAAAUGCCUUUCACGAUUCCAUUGAUCAUAUUUUGGAGGUUUGUAAAUUAUUACGUAACGUGGCCAUAUCCGACACACUUCAGGUAUCUGCCAAAUUUACCGAAAUAAAUUUACGAGUAUACGGUCCUCAAGUGAUAACAGCUGCAAAAUGUUUGGGAACAUGUCCAGGUAGCAAAAUCGCUCAAGAAAAUCUUGAAGUUUUUGCUGAUAUGUAUCAAUGGUUAAUUUCGGAUGUGACGACGAUGGUCAAGGAUGUCAUCGACGCGACACAAUCGAGACCGGAAAAACAAGUUUAUAUGUCUCUGCCUAGACCAGGGAAACAUGGUACUACCUCAAAACCUCUAAAAGCUGUGAGAUUGGAUGUAGCGGAACAAGAAAAAAUCGCAAAAACCGGUCUGGAAAUGAAACUAGCUACCACAGAAAUGGAUGCUGAAACUGACAAGUGGCAAGAAAAUAACAGUAACGCUCAGCUAGAGGAGAACAAUGAUAUUGUGAAGAGGGCAAAAAACAUGUCUGCUAUGGCCUUUUCUAUGUACCAAUUCACAAAGGGUGAAGGAGAUCUGAAAACAACUCAAGAUUUGUUCACGCAAGCAGAAUAUUUUGCAGAAGAAGCUAACAGACUCUACAAGGUUAUAAGACAAUUCAGCUAUCAGGUUCCUUGUGGUGCUAAUAAAAAAGAACUUCUUGCUCAUUUAGACAAGGUACCAACAUUUGUUCAGCGUUUACAGUUCACUGUGAAGGAUCACACCGUAGGAAAAGCCGCUACAUUUACAAAAGUCGAUAAUGUGAUACAGGAAACUAAAAAUCUUAUGAAUGUUAUUUCAAAAGUUGUAACUACAUGUUUCGAAUGCGCAACCAAACAUAAUAUUGGCCAUCCAGAACUUCAAAAUCCUAUUAAUAACGGAGCCGAUUAUGAUCAGUACAAAUUGGACUUCCGAGGGUCAGGUUCAGGUACCCGAAGAGGUUCUGGAGGUGAAGGUGGAUCUUCAAGUGCUGGUGGUGCAACUGGAGAUAAUAAAGGUGGUGGAGCCACAGGCACGGAUCAAAGUUUAUGACAAAUGGGGAUGUCCCGGCGCAACAAGGGAGACUCGAGACGUACUCGGGUCUCCUUCUUGUUGUUCUAGGACGUCUACCUUUUAUUUUAUUGCUUUGCGUAUGCUUUCCAUAACUUUAGUAACUUUAUAAAUAAUAGUUACAGAUUACGAUCUAUAUAAUUGGGGGCUUCAUGCAGUUAACAAUAUUCGGAUAUAACGAAAUAUUAAAAAUAGGCUAGUAACAAGUAACAAGACAUACCUACAAAAUGUACUUAACAAAUUGCGUGAAAAACAUGCACUGUAUAAAUAAUCAUUAUGAUAAAGUUAUAAUUCCGCUGUUAGUUGCUUUGAUGUGGUUUGUAGAACCUCAACGUUUCAUUAUUUAUAAACCUGUUCUCACUUUGAUAUGGUGGGUUAAAUGGAAUGACAAAUAGCUACAUUCAUUCAGUUUAUUGUAUUCUAACCCAAAAUUCCCUUGACAAUAAAAAAGUAAAAUAAAAAUAAA